AUGGCCGUGCAGGUGGCCCUGUGGUCCCAGUACUUGCAGGCGGUCCGGUCGCGCGCGGCGGCCCGGGCCCAGGACUUCCAGCGCGCGGAGGACGUGCUGCUGACCGUGCUGGAGCGCGUGCACGCCCUGGACCCCCGCUUCCUCGUCGACUACUCCCGAGACCUGGGGGCCUUCCAGUUCGCGCUGCGCUCCUCCGAGGAGCCUCUGGACCUGGAGGUGCCCCUGGGGCUGGAGGACCAGGCUCUGCUGAUCGAGGAGGCGGGCGCCACCGAGCCCGCCGACGGCCCUGCCUGCUGCCGCCUGGGCGUCCCCAGGGAAGGCGCGGGCCUGGAGCGGUGGACCGCGGCAGAUGUCUUCAGCGCCUCCUCAGAGAGCGGAGCCCAGUGCCGCGGCCACAUCGCGCCCAGCAAGGUCCUGGGCGUCCUCAGGGAGCUGCUGGUGGCUGCCAUUGUCCACUGCAAGCACCACAGGCUCGUCGCGCCAGGCUCGCUGAACGCAUCCAGCCUGCGGGAGGGGGCGCUCCACCUGUCCCUGCUGGUGUCCAGUGGCUGGAGGACCGUCCGCUUCAAUGUGGUGCCUGUGGUGAGGAGACGACACGGGGUACCCACCCCACAGGGGGCCCCACUGGCAACCGCCUUCCCCACGGGCAGCUUGGAGAGAGUCCUGGGCCAGGGGGUGGACCUGGUGCCAGCCAGCGCCCAGGACUGGAGGGUCUCCACGGACCACCUGCUGACGAGACUAGUAAGUGUACUCGGCUCGCUCCCUGGUCACCGCCUGGACAGUCUCUCCAUCCUGGACCGGGUCAACCAUGACAGCUGGCAAGAUGGCAGCCAGAGCAUGGGCCUGACCUUCCGCCACCUGAAGAUGGUGCUGCUGUGGGCCUCGGUCCUGUUCCCCACGCCCGAGGACUGGGCGGACCUGGAGGGCGCCGUGUACCGUUUGCUGGUGGUGCUGCUCUGUUGCCUGGCCACCAGGAACCUGCCGCACUUCCUGUGGCCCGGGCAGAACCUGCUGCAGGCCACGGGCCUGGACCUCGGCACCCUGUACCAGCGCGUGGAGCGCUUUGCCAGCCAGCCCGAGGCGUCCCUGCGCAUCCACGUCACACACCUGGGCCGCAGCCCGCCACCGCGCAUCGACAACGGGAUCAAGGCCCUGCUGCAGCUGCCCGCCAGCGACCCAGCCUACUGGGCCACUGCCUACUUCGAUGCCCUGCUGGACAAGUUCCAGGUCUUUAACAUCCAGGAUAAGGACCGAAGAGCGGCCAUGCAGAGCAUCUUCCGGAAGAGCAAGACUCUGGGUAGUGAGGAGAGCCCAGCAGGACACCCACACCUCCCUGCAUUGCCCACAGGAGGCUCUGGGACAUUUGGAGAAGGGCAGGGGACUUCAGCUUGA